AUGUCAGACGAAGCCAAGACCGAAGGAGCUGAGCCCAUUACUAUCCGCGUCCGUGAUCAGACCGGAGAAGAGACCUUUUUCAAAAUCAAGAAGAGUACCAAGAUGCAGAAGGUGUUUGAUACUUACGCCCAACGAAAGGGCGUUCAAGCUUCGUCGCUUCGAUUUUUGCUAGAUGGCGAACGUAUUGAACCCAAUCAAACACCAAAGAUGCUGGAGUUGGACGACCAGGAUCAAAUUGAUUGCAUGUUGGAGCAGACUGGUGGUUGCUAA